AUGGAGGCCAUUUUAGAUGACAUCGCCAUUGCGCAGCCACCAGAGAAGUUGAUUGCGUUGAAACUCAAGCUUGAAGAGCUGGCUGCGAAUGCUCUUAGUAUAAAUCCACGCAAGUUGCGAAACAAGAGCCACAAAACAUGGCUGGCACUAGGUGGAGAUUCCUUAACAGCCGUGAGCUUCAUGGGCGCAUGCCAUGAAGCCGGCUUUGAUGUUGAUAUUUCAAAUGUUGUUCAAGCCAAAAGUCUUGACGACUUGAUUGAGAGGAUUGCGAAGAUACACGGAUUUGCUCACCCAGCCAUUAAUGGCAACGGAAGUUUGCGUCAUUCAUCGGAACGACCCCUUUCAGAGGGACUACGCGUGGUACUGAACGGGUCUAUUGAUGAGGUUGAAGGCGUCGGACCUUGCUCCCCCAUGCAGGAAAACUUUAUCGCGCUGCAAAGCGUUGAUACUCAGGCAUACCAACUGCAGGUGGCGAUGACCAUAGCUUCUACCAAUCCUGCAGUCGUGAUCAAUAUCAACACAAUCGAGCAAUCCUGGAGAGCGGUGGUGAGAAGACACGCAGCUCUUCGAACCACAUUUUUGGAGAGCGUGGACCGCCCUGGACGGUUUGAACAGGUCGUAUGGAAAGAUAUCAACCCCCGAAUCAGCGUCCUACAAUUGGCCGAGGCUCAGAAUACUACAUCUUUCGAGGAGCAUAGCUCCAAAUUUCCUCAUCAUUUAAUCCUGGCACGAGCACCAAACAACAGCCUUUUCUUACGACUGAUCGUUUCACAUGCUAUAGUCGACGGCGUGUCGAUUGAGUUGCUGUUCCGAGAUCUAUUGCAAGCCUUAACAGGAACUCUUCCUACCGAUGGACACAUGAGGUGUGAUGACUUUCUAGCAGCGCAGCAACCAGAUACUUCCAUCGAGGCCCUCGACUAUUGGUCUCGAUAUACCGAGGCCUUCGAGGGCAGUUUUCUGAGUAGCACCAAAUUGGAACCAACGAAACCGACACGCUUGUACACCAUCGAUCAAGACAUGCUCCUCCCGCCGGAGUUGGCCGAGAAUCUCUUGGAUCAUUCAAACGCUACGUUGGCAAACGCGUGCCAGGUCGCAUACGCGCUCGUAUUGCGUAGUUACACUGGUACAAGCAAGGUCUGUUUCUCGUACACAGCCUCAGGCCGACAGAAGCGCAUCAAGGGUUUACAGGACGCAGUUGGCAAUUUUGUCAACACGCUUCCCUGCUGCAUUGAUCUUACGGCAAACCCAACUAUAGCUGAGGUCAUGGCUGGUACUCAGGGUGAUUUCUUGCACAGUCUGCCAUUCCAAGGAGCGAACUUGACCGGCAACCAAGAGGGAAGGGGUUUAUCCAUACAACAACUCAGUGACUCUCUUUUGUCAUUCCAACGUCUAGUCCCCGAAGAAGAACUUGCCCAGGCGGGAUUUGCCGUGAAUAUCUUGUCUUGGGAUGCACCUUCAGAUUACAACUACACUUUGGCGAUCUCUCUUGAUAAACAACGAUUAGGGUUCAGGCUUAGUGCCUGGGAAUCGCUGACAUCCAGAGAAGAUGCCCUGAAUAUGAUGCAACUCUUCCAAGACAGUCUCAUGUUUGUGCUUCAUGACACAAGCAAGCCUUGUUCUGAUUUUAUGGGGCUAACUGCGACGGACCAAGCGAUAAUAACUACUCGCAAUGAAAACCCAUAUGGCGUCAUACGUAACUGUGUUCAUGACCAGGUAUGGGCCAUAACGAAGCAACAGCCCGACGACACAGCGGUCCAUGCGUGGGAUGGGGAGCUCACGUAUAGUGAAUUGCAUAGCUCAGCUUGUCGACUGGCAUCUAACCUGAUUCGUUCCGGCUUAGAACUCGAAGAAAAGGUUGGUGUCUGCAUGGACAAGUCCCAAUGGGUGCCGGUUGUCAUGCUAGCAAUUCUGAAAGCCGGAGGUGUAGUGGUCCCCCUAGGAAACCAGUACCCACCAGAUCGAAUUCAUACAAUCGUUCAGAAUGCCGAGGUGUCCAUAUUGUUAGCCGAUCGAGUGCACGCAAAACGCCUGGAAGGCAUUGUGCCCCAUAUAAUUACAAUCGACGCUGUAUUUCUCGAUCAACAACCGCCACCAACGGACACGGCUUGGCCUGCGGUGUCACCAGACAAUGCAGCUUGGAUCGUUCACACUUCUGGGAGCACGGGAUUUCCCAAAGGCGUGGUAUUGGAACACAAGACGCUUUGCGCACCAAUGCAUGUCCAGGCAGUCCGGUAUAGCAUGGGACGGUCCACACGGGCCCUGCAGUUCUCGGCCCAUACAUUCGACGUUGUCGUCAAGGACAUAUUCACUACGCUAAGUUUUGGUGGAUGUGUCUGUAUUCCCUCCGAGAGCGAAAGGCUCAACAACCUCAGCCUGACUAUUAAUACAAUGAAAGUCAAUUUUGCCACAUUGACUCCGACUGUGGCGUCACUGCUCGAUCCACGGGAUGUACCUACGCUCGAGACGAUAGUCUCAACGGGCGAGGCAUUAAGCCCAACAGUUCUACAGCCCUGGCUGAAAUACAGUCGUGUGAAAUGGUUCAAUGGCUACGGUCCUUCGGAAUGUUCUCAUGUCUCUACAAUUAACGGACCUAUCACACGUGCUGAGGAUGGAUCCAAUAUUGGAUUUCCUGCAGCGAAUUGCCUUUGGGUGGUAGACCCCCUCGAUUACCACCGUCUCAGUCCAAUCGGUGCGGUAGGGGAACUUUUAAUUGAAGGUGCCAUUGCGCGCGAGUAUCUGAACGAUCUGGCAAGUACUGUGGCGGCUUUCAUUGUUGACCCAGAUUUCCUGAACCGGCUUGGCUUGGCGCCAGGUCGGCGUAUGUACCGUACCGGAGAUCUAGUUCGACAAAAUAAGGACGGGACCUUGACAUACCUGGGUCGUAAGGAUACGCAGAUUAAGAUCCGUGGUCAGCGAGUUGAGGUAGGAGAAAUUGAGACUCGAAUCUCACAAUCGCUGCCAGGAAGCCCCCUCGUCUGUGUGGACUUGCUACAUCCAAGAGAUAAUCUCUUGGGAUCGUCCAUGUUAAUCGCAGCGAUCGAGAUACAUCAGGUGACGUCCCCACAGGUCAUAGCACCGGGCACGCUAUGCGAAGCAUCCGAAAGUAUGCAAGAUUUAUUGCAAAGCCUGCAUACCAAAUUACUUGACGGAUUGCCUCUCUACAUGGUUCCAAAUCACUUCGUACCUUUCGUUAUGCUGCCCAGGAAUGCAUCGGCCAAAAUGGACCGACGUGCUACACGCGAGAUACUCGGUAGACUAACGGAACGAGAGCUCGCAAGCUUUAAACCAACAAAUGUCACACGUACCAUAUCAACAGAAACAGGAAGGCGCCUCCAGGCCAUUUGGGCCGAGGUGCUUGGGCGUACUACAGCAGAGAUCGGCGAGAAUGAUCACUUUAUGCAGCUUGGUGGUGAUUCAGUGGUAGCCAUGCGUAUGGUUGGCAUCGCUCGGAAGAGUGGCUUGCUUCUCUCAGUGUCCGACAUUGUGCAACACCCGCGAUUAAUUGACCUGGUGAGGGUCGUUGAUGGCUUUGAUCAGACGGCGGAGCAAGCCGCAAGAGAUGAUUCUCGAGCCUUUGAGUUGUGGGACGGAUACCUCUCUGCCAGCACCACUGAACAGGAAGCACUCUUGGCCGGUGUAGCAGAUCAGUGCGGCAUUCCUCCGAGCCAUGUGGUAGACGUAUAUCCUGCUUCACCACUUCAGGAAGGUCUCAUGGCAAUGACAUCUCAGUAUCAGGGAACCUAUGUUGCUCAACAGGUAUUCCGUAUGGAAGCUAGAAUUGACAUCGAAAGGUUCCAAGAGGCCUGGGAGAACGUAGCAUCAUCCCUUGCGAUUAUGCGGACCCGAAUUGUUUAUACGCCGGGCGCAGGUUCGGUACAAGUGGUAAUACGAGAUGCACCACGGUGGACUGUAUCAACUGACCUAGCCGCUUUUCUGAAAGAAGAUCGAGAAGCCUCAUUUGCCUAUGGGACUCCGCUGCACCGAUUUGCCAUCAUCGAUGACAGCAAAAAAGGUGGUCGAUAUUUCGCAUGGACAGCCCACCAUUCUGCAUACGAUGGGCAGACUGUCACCAGAACGCUGACGAUGGUCGCCCAGGUCUUCCAGGGAGGCACAUGUGAAGCUGUCAUUCCGAUCACACGUUUUAUUCGUUCUCUUGGACAAAGUAGCCAAAAUGUGGGAUGGGAGCGCUCCAAAAAAUAUUGGAAAAAGGAGCUCCUAAAUGCUCAAUUGACGCGGUUUCCAGAGUUACCUAGUCCCUCGUACCGCCCGUUUGCUGACGGCGUGAUGAGACAUCACUUCAAGCCAUUGGACCAACUAGAGAAAUCCAACAGGCAUGGCAGCCGCGUCUCGUUAGCCAUUCUGUUGCGAGCAGCAUGGGCUUUGGUGGUUGCCGGCGGCACAGGCAACGAUGAGGCCAUGCUUGCGAUCGUCCUCUCGGGUCGCGAUGCGCCUGUUUUCGGCAUCGAAGAUAUUGUCGCGCCCACCAUCACCACCGUUCCUGUCAGAGUCCGCCUUGAUCGGAGCCAGGCCGUGACCGAUUUCCUCUCCGCGAUUGAUGCACAAAGUAAGAAUAUGGCACCCCACACGCAGUUUGGACUUGCCAAUAUUCGUCGUGAAGUUUCGGAUGUGGGCCACAAUUUUGAUCCCGGCCACCUGUUUGUGGUGCACUUUGGAACUCCGCCAGAAGACAUCACGGCCGCUGCCACUCUCGGUCUAGAGAGAAUGGCUGGGGAAAGACAAAACUUCGAAGGGUAUGCCCUCGUGGUCGAAUGCUCACUUGAUGAUAAAGGCACAGACAUCGUAGUGGAAACGCAUUUUGACACUAAAGUCCUCACUCCGGAACGAGUAGCAGUGUUACUGUCACGGCUGGACCACAUUACGCAUGAGUUGGAGCGUUACAACGUCCCAGAUGCUGCCUUAGACAAUUCUCAGAGGAGCCGCACCAUUGGCAACAUUGAUGUAAUCACCACGAGUGAAAAGGAGAAACUCAUGAGCUGGAACAGACCGCCUCCUGAUGCUUUUCGAGGCACUUUGGAUCAGUUAGUCGCAAAACAGAUCGCAGAAACCCCGCAAGCUCUGGCAGUCUCUGCAAGGGGUUGUGAGCUGACUUACUCUGAGCUCGACGACGCCGCUGGCCGUCUGGCACAGCUCCUGGUCGUGGUCGGGGUUGGCCCCGAGGUUCUCGUCGGGGUCUGCAUGGACAAGUCUGAAUAUUCCGUAAUUUCCAUGUUGGCGAUCUUGCGGGCAGGCGGUGGUGUGGUACCGCUUGGGAUACAAAACACCACUGCCCGGAUGCAAACUCUCGUUACUGAUGCAGAGAUUUCGGUCGCCUUGGUCGACGUGGCGCAGGCCAAGCGAUUUAAUGCAUUGAGUCUUCAUACAAUUGUCGUCAACGCCACUCUGCUGAAGUCCCUGCCAGGCCAGGGUAGCAAUACAUCUAUACUCUCGCGAGCCAGUCCGAACAAUCCAGCGUGGAUGAUCUUCACCUCAGGCAGUACAGGAGUCCCGAAGGGCGUCGUUCUGGAACACCAAGCUUUGUGCCAUGGUAUCUUAGCCGCGGGAGUGCGGUUUGGUGUAACACCCGCGACCCGAACUUUCCAAUUUUCUGCCUUCACGUUCGAUGUUAGCAUUACUGAUGUAUUCACCACUUUGACCUAUGGGGGCUGCAUUUGCAUGCCGUCGGAGAGAGAUCGUACUGACGACUUGGUCGGCGCCAUGAAUGACUUCGCUGUCACACUAGCGGUGUUGACCCCCACCGUAACUGCCUUGCUUGACCCUGAGACAGUACCCGCAUCCCUAGACACCAUCGUUCUUGUAGGCGAAGCUAUUAAACCAGAGGCUGUCGAGCCCUGGGCGGGUCAUAUCAAAGUUUUCAACGCCUACGGACCGGCCGAAUGUUCAAUAUAUUCUGUCAUCAACGGUCCAAUCCUUCGCCCGGAGGACGCACCCAUCAUUGGAUCCAAUGUGUCCAACCGAUUAUGGAUAACACAUCCCUUGGACCACAAUUCUCUAGUUCCCAUUGGCGCCCCGGGUGAACUACUUAUCGAAGGGCCGUCGCUAGCUCGCUCAUACCUCCAUGAUCCUAACAAGACAGCCGCUUCUUUUGUUGUUGACCCUGAUUUCGCCACUUCACUGAACCUCGCACCCGGGCGCCGCAUGUAUCGAACUGGUGAUCUUGUCCGACAGAAUCCCGACGAUGGGUUGUUGGUUUGUCUAGGCCGUCUCGAUGCCCAGAUCAAAAUCCGUGGCCAGCGGGUGGAAGUGGGAGAGAUUGAAAGUCACAUUGUGCGUUUGCAGCCCGCGAUACAUCGCGCAUGUGUUGAUCUUGUAUCGCUGCGCGAUUCGUCAGAACCAUUGCUCCUGGCCGCGGUGGCGCUUCCUAAGGGUCUCGAAGAUAAGAGGAACAGCCUGGACAAUGAUGAUCAUCAACCCGAGAUUGCAGAGGCAAUUUAUAGGCCUUCCCCUCCAGUAAACGCAUUCUUAGGAGAACUCCGCGGCUAUCUCGCGAAAGUUCUGCCCCUCUAUAUGGUCCCCACGCACUUUGUGCCCAUGGACCUGCCUGUAAACGCCUCUGGAAAAUUGGAUCGACGUGCAAGUAGAACCAUACUAGAAAGUCUCACCCGCAAACAGCUGCUAGCAUUUGCGGUAGACCGAAGAAACAAGGCAGAGGACCGUUUGCUCUCAAAGACCGAGGAACAGCUUCGUUUACUGUGGGCUCAAGUACUCGGUCUCCAAGCCGGAGAAGGUGGCACCGCCGAAGAUGACUUCUUUGAGCUCGGAGGUGACUCUGUAGCGGCUAUGAGACUCGCCGCGGCGGCGCGAAACGCACCGCUGCCUAUGCAACUUGGAGUGAGACAGAUUCUCCAGAACCCACGGCUUGUAGAUAUGGCACGGGUGUCCGGUGAGAACACAGCCGCGGCAGUGGCUGUUGCCGCGAAAGCAGAUCCCAAGCCUUUUGAGCUUUGGAGCGGCUUCCUUGAAGCCACUGUCGACCAACAAAAGGCUUCACUAAGUACUCUCAUCAAGCAAUGCAAGGAUAUUGCCGGACCUGAGGACAUUAUUGACGUGUAUCCUACUACGUCGUUACAAGAAGGUUUAAUGGCCAUAACAUCUAAGCAGACGAGUGCCUACGUAGCGCAGCAAGUCUUCCGGCUGGGAGCAGAUGUCGAUAUAUCCCGCCUACAUUGGGCUUGGGAGUUCAUGAGCAGCAAACUGUCUAUCCUCCGCACACGUAUCGUAUACACGGCUCAAGGUUCUUUGCAGGUUGUUGUGAAAAGGGCCCAAGAGUGGGUGUAUGUUACUGGCUUGAGUAGUUAUCUCGCACAAGAUCAGUCGCAGCCUUUCGCUUAUGGGACGUCGCUGCAUCGCCUCGCGAUUAUUCAAGACGAGUCAAGCAAGUAUUUCGUCUGGACGGUCCACCAUGCGGCAUAUGAUGGAUGGACACUAUCGCUCGCGUUGCGCAUGCUCGUGCAAACGUAUCAGGGCGAGCAAGGAAGCUUAAUGGCGACGCCAAUUCCGCGCUUCAUUAGAUACCUACAGCAAGUUGACGAAAACGCCUUGAACGCGUACUGGAGAAGCCAGCUCCAAGACGCCCAACUUACCCGCUUUCCCUCUCUUCCAUCCUUGACAUACCAGCCACAUGCCGGCAGUCUCCUCCGAACAUGCAUCAACGGCUUCUUGAAAAGUCACCGUGGCGUUAGAAAUGGCACCAUAAACGACACCUCUAAGGCAACAAUUCCAUUGGGCGUUCUGUUGCGAGCGGCGUGGGCUGCAACCGUCGCGGCCUAUACGGGAAACAAUGAGGCCACAUUCAAUGUUUCUCUCAGUGGUCGGGACGUGCCUGUUCAAGAUAUCGCCAAUGUGGUGGGGCCCACCCUCACAACCGUUCCGGUCCGAAUAGUGCUGAACAAUGCACAAUCUGCGGAUGAUUUCCUUGAUGCCGUAAACAAACAAGCCAAAGAAAUGGUUACUUUUGCUCAUGCUGGUCUGCAUAGAAUUCGGAACGCGGUGCCCGGACUCGGCGCAGACUUUGACGCAGGACACUUGUUCAUCAUACAGCCCGCACCCACAGAAGCUGAAGGUUCUGGACUCGAAGCGAUUGGUUUGGAGCUUGAAACAAACAUAGCCGACAGCGCCGAGACUCGCGACUUUGGCGGGUACGCCCUCGCGGUGGACUGCACGGUUGAUGCCGACUCUGUUGAGAUUGAAAUGCGCUAUGAUAGUGAAAUUCUCCCGCCCGCUCGAGCAGCAGCCCUUCUGUCCCAUUUUGAGCACACGAUCCGGCAGCUGGACAGCCGCGACCGUGGAACUACCUUAGCCGACCUUGACCUCUUCAGCCCAGCCGAUGCGAAGACGAUCCAGACAUGGAAUAAGAACACACCGUGCGAUACACAAGCUUGCAUUCACGAGCUUAUACACAAAAUGGUGGAGGAAAACCCUGAAGCUCAAGCCAUUGACGCUUGGGACGGGGAGUUUUCGUAUGCGAAGCUCUAUGCGACCGCUCGUCAGCUUGCCCAGCAUCUCGUUAGUGAUUGUGGGGUGAAGCCUGAGACCACCGUCGGGCUAUGUAUGGAUAAGUCUUGCUGGGCCGUCAUAUCCAUGCUCGCAAUCCUGAUGGCUGGUGGCGCCGUAGUGCCCUUGGGUAUCCAACAACCCCUGACUAGGGUUGCAACCAUUGCGCAGGACGCGAGUAUUUCCACUAUCCUUGUAGAUAGCAGGCAUGCGCAACGUCUCGCGCAACUGGAAGGGAUCUCACCCUGCCUUGUUACUGUGAACGGCACUUUCAUGGAAGCUCUGCCACUGCUGCCUCCCAUGACUAGUGGGCCAUUGUCCAAUCGCGUUCUGCCUAGCAACGCGGCUUGGGUCGUAUACACAUCUGGUAGCACAGGCGUACCCAAAGGCGUGGUUUUAGAACACAAGUCGCUUUGUAGCAGCUUCCACGCACAUGGUCCCCGGGUUGGAUUCGGGCGCGAUACAAGAGCUCUCCAAUUCUCCGCCUUCACUUUUGAUAAUGCUAUCGAGGAUAUUUUGUCUGUACUAGUGUUCGGAGGUUGUGUUUGUGUUCCAUCUGAGGAUCAGCGUCUUAACACCCUAGCCGACACAAUCCGCCAGCUGAAUGUGAAUUUAGUGAAUGUCACACCAACUGUAGCGUCGCUGAUUAAUCCAGCUGAUGUACCCAUGGUUAAGACUCUUCUCCUCGGUGGAGAAACAGUCAGCCCCGCUGUGGUGGAGCAGUGGCUAGGACACGCCAAGGUAAUCAAUACAUACGGUCCAGCGGAAUGUUCCGUUGAUGUCGCCUGCUCUGCGCCCAUGCAGCAACCACGCGACGCAUACACCAUUGGUUUCCCGCUCGGCGUCUGUUUCUGGGUUGCCAGCCCGUCUGACUACAACCGCCUAGUACCAAUAGGGAUGCCAGGUGAACUCCUAGUAGAAGGCCCCCAUCUCGGACGAGGAUAUAUCAAUGACCCCGAGAAGACAGCCAAAAGCUUUGUAUGGGAUCCGGAUUUCGUCACGCAGCUGGGCUUGUCACCUCGGCGUCGCAUGUACAGGACUGGAGACCUCGUCCAGCAGAAUGCCGAUGGUUCGCUGGUCCAUCUUGGACGCAUUGAUACGCAAAUCAAAGUUCGUGGUCAAAGAGUCGAAACAGGUGAAAUCGAAAGCCAUAUCGUGCGGCUUCAGCGGGAGGUUCGCAUUGCCUGUGUUGAUUUGGUAAAGCCGAGUGAUACGUCUAGUGACCCAAUGCUCGUAGCAGCCAUCGACGUUGGUGACUUUGGCCGCGAUGAGAACGACAAUGCAGAAGGUCUACUGCCGCAGAUGGUGCGGCGGCCGACGAAUGCCCUUAAUGCCAUGAUCGAGAAUUUGCGCAACGAAUUGUUUUCGGUUCUUCCACGCUACAUGGUACCGCAUUUUGUGUCAAUGACAAGCCUGCCACAAAAUGCUUCUGGUAAGUUAGACAGGCGGGUUACACAUGGGAUCCUCGCUGGUCUUAGCCGCGAACAGCUUGGAGUGUUUGAAGCAACAAUGGACAACUUCGAAGACAGAGUUCUGUCCCCCAUGGAGGAUCAACUACGCCGUAUCUGGAUCAAAGUUCUAGGGUGCUCGUCCAAAAUUGGUGUCCAUGCCCAUUUCGUUCAACUUGGAGGCGACUCCGUUACUGCGAUGCGUAUUGUUGCAGCAGCCCAAGGCGAGGGCAUCCGCAUUGGAGUGGCCGAUAUACUCCAAAGUCCGCGCCUAUCCGACCUUGCCUGUGUAGCUGAGAAUUACAUCGUAGCCAGAGCCUCCGUGGAAGAUCCUUCCCCGUUCCAACUCUGGCAUGGUUUCAGUGAGGCCAGUGCGCAGAAGCAGAGAGAAUGGCUUUUCGAUAUUGCCGACCGGUGCGGUGUGUCAUCGGAAGACAUCGAAGACAUUUAUCCCGCAACGCCUCUUCAAGAAGGUCUUAUGGCAGUGACAGCUGAGCAACCCGACGCAUACUUUGCUCAAUUCAAAUUCCGCAUGCGUGAUGUCGACUUGUUGCGUUUUAAAGCAGCCUGGGGUAAGCUAAUGAAUUCUCUCACAAUUCUGCGGACUCGCAUCGUGUACGACGCUGCCCGCGCAGCCUCGGUACAGGUUGUAGUGCGUAAAGCUCUGUCCUGGGGUCACGGAGAUGAUCUGCAAACGUAUCUAGCCAAUGAUGAGGCACUGCAUUUUGCGUAUGGGACGCCUCUUCACCGUCUGGCAAUUAUCAAGACCACGGACGGCAAGGAAGAUUACUUCGUGUGGACCCUACAUCACAGUGCUUACGACGGGUAUCAAGUUGCGUUGACGCUUAACAUGCUGGCAAAACUCUACCAGACCGGAGGAGAGUUCUAUCCUCCGCCUCCACCAAUCCCUCGUUUCAUCGAAUAUUUGCAGCGGAAAGACAAAGAUCAGGUAGCUGCGUAUUGGAAACAGCAGCUUGAAGGGGUUCCCCUGGCCCGCUUUCCUCCGCUACCGCACAUCUCGUACCGCCCGCGGUCUAGUGCUUUCUCUCGAUGGCGGGUACAGCAUAUUCAACAGCUCCAUGGGGGCGCGCCGGUCGCGACACUCUUGCGAGCGGCCUGGGCUCUCACCGUCGCAUCGUAUACAGGAAGCACUGAAAGUAUAUCAGCUGUGGCCCUCGCUGGCCGCAACAUCCCGGUCCUAGACAUUGGUAAUAUGGCAAUGCCUACUCUGACGACGGUCCCUAUGAGAACGCGCUUCGAUGAUCGUACGCAGCUCGUUUCCGAUCUUCUGGAGGGUAUGGAGCGACAGGGCGAGGAGAUGCAACCGUUCCUGCAUACCGGUAUGCAGCACAUUCGCGCUGCAAUGCCUGGUCUCGGAGCCGACUUUGACCCAGGCCAUCUGUUUAUCGUGCAACCAACGAUGGGGGACAAUGAUGCAGACUCGCUCCAAACAAUCGGCCUUGAAGAACUUGCCACUAACAAGGCAGAUUUUAGUGGAUAUGCGCUCGCAGUACAGUGCAUGGUUGAUCCCAAAGGGACAGUGGAUGUCGAAAUGCUAUACGACGACGAGAUGCUUCCCGAAUCCGUGGCGGAGGCUCUAUUCUCACAGUUCGAACACAUAAUACAACAGCUAGAAACUCACAGCGGUUCUACGAUUGGUGAACUCGAUCUUUUGAGAGAGGCAGAUGUGGAGCGAAUAAGAAAAUGGAAUCAGCCCGUCCUGCAAGCAACCCCCCUUCGUGCCUGUAUCCACGACCUCGUACAGAAAAUGGUUGAUGAACAACCGCAUGCACAAGCUAUAUCAGCCUGGGAUGGCGACCUGACCUAUGCCGAAUUGAACGAAACUGCUUCCCGGUUGUCACACCACUUAGUCAAUAUUGGUGUUGGGCCCGAAGUGACGGUAGGCGUCUGCAUGGAUAAAUCGCUAUGGGCAAUGGUAUCCAUGCUGGCUAUAUUGCAAGCCGGCGGAGUAGUAGUAGCACUCGGCCCACAACACCCGCUGACACGCAUUGAGGCAAUCAUUACAGAUGCCGACAUACGCGUGACGCUGGUCGACAAAGCACAAGCCCAACGACUGCAGGGUGUACCGCAUCCAAUUGUGGUCGACUCCCUGUUCAUUCAGCAACUCCCAGCACACCCAGCACCUCCCCGCAGGACAGACCUGACACCGGACAAUGCUGCUUGGAUUGUGUACACAUCAGGCAGCACCGGCACGCCCAAGGGGGUGGUCCUUGAGCACCGCGCACUAUGUACCGGAAUCGUCAGUCAUGGCACCAUCUUCGGCAACAGCACCCACACUCGUGCUCUUCAGUUUGCCUCACAUACCUUCGGCGUCGUUCUAGAGGACAUGUUUACCACACUUAUCUUCGGCGGCUGCACGUGCAUCCCGUCCGAGGACCAGCGCCUCAAUAUGAGCGAGCUAGCAGAUGUUAUCCGGCGCAUGGAGGUUAAUUUUGUCAAUUUGACAUCGACCGCUGCAUCCAUGAUAGAUCCGCACGAGGUCCCAAUGGUUGAGACAGUAGUGCUAGGCGGUGAAGCCGUUCGGCCAGCCGUGGCGGAAUUAUGGCUGAAACACGCAAAGGUGCUUAAUGCCUAUGGCCAGAGCGAGUGCUCCGUUGAAUCCGUUAUUGGUCUAGUAGAGCACGAGCGAGACGCCGCCGUCAUUGGUUCACCCAUUGGUGGCUCCGUUGCUUGGGUGGUCGAUACAUCCAACUGGAACCAUCUCGUUCCUGUGGGAACCCCAGGUGAGCUUCUGAUCCAGGGGCCUCUCCUUGCGCGAGGCUAUCUGAAUGAUGCAGACAAAACUUCUGCCGCAUUUAUAACGGAUCCGGAUUUUCUGAUACGACUCGGUAUCUUUCCGGGAACUGGUCACCGCAUGUACCGCACAGGUGAUCUAGUGCAGCAAAAUUUUGACGGCUCACUUGUCUACUUGGGCCGUUGUGAUUCUCAAAUCAAAGUACGGGGCCAACGGGUUGAGCCCGGAGAGAUUGAGAGUCGCAUUGUACAACUUCACAGCGAUAUUUCUCAUGCUUUCGUCGGUCUGGUGAGACCAUGCGAUGCACCUAUCUCUGCUAAUCCGGUGCUCGUAGCCGCUAUCGAGCUCCGAGAACUCGUAGAGAUUAGGUCAUUUGACAAGAUUGAAAAUAAGCACGGAUUACCGCGUGCCGUGCGAUCACCUACACAACAGCUAACUGCUAUGGUACAACACAUAAGGACCGCUCUGCUCCAGGAGCUUCCUCCGCAUAUGGUUCCCAGCUAUUUUGUGCCCAUGUCAAAUCACUUGCCGGUCAAUGCGUCUGGCAAAUUAGAUCGACGAGCUACACAUACUAUUCUCGCCAGCUUAAAUCGAGACCAACUCGAAGCCUCCAGCAGAACUGAUAAAAAGACGAACAGAGCGCUAUCGGCCACAGAAAUCAAACUUCGUGAAGCGUAUGCCGAGAUCCUUGGCCGCCCUGUGGAAGAAAUUGGGCCAGACGAUCACUUCAUUGAACUAGGUGGCGACUCUGUGGCAGCCAUGCACGUCGUGGCGGCGUGCCGCAAGCGUGGCCUAACAGUUUCUGUACGUGAUUUGUUGCAGAAGCAAAGUAUCACGACUCUGUCGCCGUACGUACAAGAAUGGACUCAAAACGACACACCUCAAAGUUCGGAUCAUAGACUGGCCGGGGUGUCAUCAGCUGUGACCGACAUUCAGGAGUGGAUGUUGAACUACCAUGUCGCGCGCCCUGAUGUCGGCAUGACGUAUUUCGCAAUGGAUGCAUCAGAAGCACUGGUAGGUGAGAGGAUGGCUCAUGCCUGUCGGAAUCUACUGGGUUCGAUUGAGACGUUGCAUACGGGAUUUGUCCUCGAGCAGGGAACCUGGAAGCGGAUUGUACUCUCGCCGUUUGUCCCUGACGUGCAGACACAUAUCACAGAUGGCACUAUAGACGAAUGGACUGCAGACUUCCUUCAGCGUGAAGGUUCCAAGCCCCUGCAGCCCGGUCGACCGCUAGCAGAUAUCGCGAUCUGCACCACCAAGCAACAGGGAGGGCAACACCGUAUCCUCUUCCGCCUCUCACACGCAAUCUGGGACGGUAUGUGUAUACCAAUAUUCUGGUCGACCUUGCAAGAACUAUAUCAGAACGGCCAUGCCAAGAAAGCUGCGACUUUUUCACAGUACGUCGCCCAAGUCGAGAAGCGUCGUACUCCCGAGUCCUCUAGAUACUGGGCAAACUUGCUCAAGGGUGCGGACAUGACACCUAUUGGGCACACCACAACUCAGGCCAAUGAAUACGUGUACCGAGCGGGCGUGAUAGGUCCCAAAAUGAUGAAGGUCGGCCAGAAUCUACCUAAGGGCAUGACCUGCGCAAACGUAGUCAAAGCGGCGUGGUCCGUGGUGUUAGCUCGACAUGCAAAGCGCGCCGAUGUUGUAUUCGCAGAUCUCGUCUCUGGUCGUGCUGGGGUCGACCCAUCCGUGGCUGAUGCUCUGGGCUGUUGUUCAACGCCGAUUCCAGUGCGCGUCCAGCUAGAGCCUUCUUUGACGUAUGCAGACCUGGUACAAAUGUUGCAAGUUCAGCAGCUCGACAGCAUUCCCUUCGAAACUUAUGGAUUCAACCGCAUUGUUAGGGAGUGUACAGACUGGCCCGCAGAUACAGUGGCCACCUCAUGGAUCAACCACGUCCCAACUCGCAUGGCCGGUACACUCGACAUCGACGGCACGGAGUACACACUUUGCCAGCCGAAACAACAAGAGGAGAAGAACUGGACAUUUAGCGAGGCCCGAAUCUCUUGGACGCACAGCAACAACAUGCUUGAGUUUCAUCUGGUUUAUGCUAUCAACAAAGUAUCAAACAGGAUUGCCCAGCGCCUCUACGACGAACUCGCUUCCACCUUAGAGCGAAUUUUCACAUCUCCUGACUCUUUGAUUGGAGAGCAAUUAACAAUUGGCGCGACGAACAAAGUUUGGUUCGACAGGAACUGA